GCCCUGCGACCCUCACUUCCGGCUCGUAGGAGAAGGUCAGAAAGAAGGUUCGAGUCACUGUAAUUGGGAGCCAUGUUGUGGGCGCGCACGGUUCGUAACUUCAGUACCUCGCUGAUCCGCAGAUCACACUAUGAGGAAGGCCCGGGAAAGAACUUGCCAUUUUCUGUGGAGAACAAGUGGAAGCUAUUGGCAAUGAUGGCAGUAUUCUUUGGCUCCGGCUUUUCUGCUCCAUUUGUUUUAGUCUGGCAUCAAAUGCUCAAGAAAUGAGACUGUUAUUCAAUGGAGCUCCACCUCAACUGUAGUAUGAUGUCUGCUGAACAGCUUAAAUCCUCAUGAGUCUUUGCUGUCAAUAUUUCCAGUGAGAUGUUCUUGUAAAUAAAAGUAUUAACAAAUUAAACAUUUUGCUCUUAAUUUGUACUGUACUUUAUUAACUUGAAAUCUACUUGACAUUUAAAUAGUUUCUCCCAUGUAUCUUCACUGUUCCACUUAACGUCUUGACAACUUUGACCAACUCAGCCCUUAUACUUCUAGUUCCAGGCUAAGUAACCCUGGUUUGUUUAAUCUUAUAGUUUAAUCUUUGGAGUACAAGUACAAUUCUAGUAAGUAUACAAUGUACUCCCUUCAAAGCCAAUAUAUCCUCCCUGAAGUGUCCAGAACUGCUUUAAAAACUCGAGGCAUGGCCUAAUGAGCAUUUUUGUUUUGUAUUGUGAAAUAUUUAAUGUCUUUAUUAAAAUAAAUACUUAUAUACAAAA